AAAACUGUCACAACAAUUUCAAAAUCAAAAUACAACAGUCGCUGUGCGUAACUUAAAAUUUCCUUUAAUUUAUUUAUUUCACAAGAAAUGUCCACCAUUGAAAGCGAAGACUUGGUUGUUGCGCCGUGGGUGGGUCCAACAUGCUGCAAGAACUGCAACUCAUUCGUAGUUCUAUCGUUUAAUUACGACAUGAUUGAUAAAAUCUCCAGCGCUCUAACUGAAGCACAUUCAAAAGGAUCACAUCGUUGGAAAUUGAUUUUACUCCGGGCUAAUAACUUGGAAAAACUAGUGAGAAUGAUGAGACGGACCGAAAAUGUGGCCUUAGACUUUAUAAUUAUAGCAUUGGACACAACGAAAGUGUUUGUUUUGGAAUGGGCUAAACAGGUUCUACUGCAAGUGCAUCCAGACCUGCGCAGACGCCGGGUGAUCCUCGUCAACGGCAGCGGCCUGCCCGUCUACUCCAUGGCGAUAGAAGCCGAGGAACUGCUCUCCCUCCAAGAUGACUUCAACCUCGACAUGGUGUCUGCCAAUGUGUUCAACAAUGAAGAUGCAACAUACCUUGCUCAGAGAUUACUGAAAUAUUUUGAAGUGUCGGUUGGAGCUGCUACUGGAAUACCUAACCUGAACAUCUGAUCUGAUCAUGUGCUAUCUAUGUAAUGCUAUUAUAAGAAUUUACAAAUUAUGAUAAUGAAAAUAAAAACAUAUCACAUU